AUGGUCAAGACUCUGUCUCUCGCGCUCGCGUGCCUGGCGUCGCGGCUUGCUGCCGCAGCAACAGUCAACUACGACUUCACUGUCGGCUGGGUCACUGCCAACCCUGACGGUGCUUUCGACCGCCCCGUCAUUGGUAUCAAUGGAAAAUGGCCCAUUCCCCAGAUUGAGGCCAACAUUGGCGACAACAUUGUGAUCAACGUGCACAACGACUUGGGCAACCAGUCCACUUCGCUGCACUUUCACGGGUUGUUCAUGAACGGCACCACGCACAUGGAUGGUCCGGCCCAGGUGUCGCAAUGCCCCAUCCCGCCGGGCUCAUCGUUCCUCUACAACUUCACCAUCACCCAGCCGGGCACAUACUGGUAUCACUCGCACACCAUGUCCCAGUACCCAGACGGGCUCCGCGGCAGUCUCAUCAUCCAUGAUCCGGACAAUCCUUAUGCAGGGGAUUACGACGAAGAGAUCGUUUUGACGCUUUCGGAUUGGUACCAUGAGCAGAUGCAGAACCUCAUUCCGCCGUUCAUGAGCAAGACGAACCCCACCGGUGCGGAGCCUGUGCCAAAGGCCGCGUUGAUGAAUGAGACGCAGAAUCUCACGAUCUCAAUCCAGCCUGGCAAGACCUACUUGAUGCGCGUCAUCAAUAUUGGUGCUUUUGCCGGACAAUACCUCUGGUUUGAGGGGCAUAACAUGUCUAUCAUCGAAGUUGAUGGUGUUUACACACAACAAGCGACUGCUGAGAUGAUCUACCUGUCCGUUGCCCAGCGCUGCAGCUUCCUGCUUACAACCAAGAACUCCACGGCCGAGAACUUUGCCAUCGUCGGUAGCAUGGACACGACAUUGUUCGACACUUUGCCCGAUGAUCUGAACUGGAAUGUCACAAGUUGGUUGGUGUACAAUGAGAGCAACUCACUUCCGGAACCGACAUUGAUCGAUGAGCUCAAUCCUUUUGACGACAUGACGCUGGUACCACACGACGAAUUGGCGCGUUUCGGAGAGCCAGACCAGACCGUUGAGCUCAACGUCAUUAUGGACAACUUGGGCGAUGGUGCCAACUAUGCGUUCUUCAACAACAUUAGUUACAAGGCACCAGUGGUUCCGUCAUUAUAUACUGCACUUACGACCGGUGCUGAUGCGGAAAAUGCUGAAGUCUACGGCGAAUACACCCACAGUUUUGUUCUGGAGAAGGACCAGAUCGUUCAAAUCGUGGUCAACAACCUGGAUUCCGGUCGCCACCCGUUCCAUCUUCACGGGCAUCACUUCCAAUCUCUCUACCGUGGCGAAGAGGAGAGCGGUACUUUUGCUGACUCAAACAUGACCGAGAGUGAUUUCCCCGCUGUGCCUAUGCGCCGCGACACUCUUGUCCUCUGGCCUGAUGGAAACAUCGUCCUCCGCUUCAAGGCAGACAACCCAGGCAUCUGGCUGUUCCAUUGCCAUAUUGAGUGGCAUGUUACCUCUGGGUUGCUGGCAACCUUUGUGGAGGCACUGCUGGAGAUCCAAAAGUCCCUCACUCUGCCGCAAAACCAUCUCGAUGUUUGUGCAGCUGGAAACGUGCCCGUUGCAGGUAAUGCUGCCGGCAACACUAAGGAUCUUCUGGACCUCAGCGGGCAGAAUGCGCCUCCCGACCCGCUCCCAGCUGGGUUCACGACCAAGGGAAUUGUCGCAUUUGUUUUCAGUAUUAUCUCAGGCGUUCUGGGCAUCUGUGUUGUUUGCUGGUACGGCAUGGCGAACCACGUCUCAGAGACCAACAACCCCGCCGCUACGAUGUUGAAUGUCCAAGAAUCAUCCGGCUCGGCCACAGAGGGCGAGACUAAGCGACCUGCCGGACCGACCGAGAACUAG